AUGACACGAGUGGAUGGAGGAGGCUGUGGUGGUGGACAGGUGAGCAUGGCAAACCCCGUGGGUGUUUGUUUGCGUGAUUUUUCGGAGAAGUGUGCGCGCGUGUGCGAAGCCUGUCUAGCUCAGUUGGUAGAGCGCAAGACUCUUAAUCUUGUGGUCGUGGGUUCGAGCCCCACGAAGUGUGCACGCGUGUGCGAAGCCCGUCUAGCUCAGUCGGUAGAGCGCAAGAAUCUUAAUCUUGUGGUCGUGGGUUCGAGCCCCACGAAGUGUGCAUGCGUGUGCGAAGCCCGUCUAACUCAGUUGGUAGAGCGCAAGACUCUUAAUCUUGUGGUCAUGGGUGGGUUCGAGCCCCACGAUGAUCGAUCCGACAUGACACGAGUGGAUGAAGGAGGCUGUGGUGGUGGACAGGUGAGCAUGGCAAGCCCCGUGGGUGUUUGCUUGCGUGAUUUUUUUGAGAAGUAUGCAUGCGUGUGCGAAGCCCGUCUAACUCAGUUGGUAGAGCGCAAGACUCUUAAUCUUGUGGUCAUGGGUGGGUUCGAGCCCCACGAUGAUCGAUCCGCCAUGACACGAGUGGAUGAAGGAGGCUGUGGUGGUGGACAGGUGAGCAUGGCAAGCCCCGUGGGUGUUUGUUUGCGUGAUUUUUCGGAGAAGUGUGCGCGCGUGUGCGAAGCCUGUCUAGCUCAGUUGGUAGAGCGCAAGACUCUUAAUCUUGUGGUCAUGGGUGGGUUCGAGCCCCACGGACCUCGUUUGAUGGACAGACAAGAUGAUCGAUCCGCCAUGACACGAGUGGAUGGAGGAGGCUGUGGUGGUGGACAGUGUGCGCGCGUGUGCGAAGCCUGUCUAGCUCAGUUGGUAGAGCGCAAGACUCUUAAUCUUGUGGUCGUGGGUUCGAGCCCCACGGUGGGCGACUACCAAUGA